AGAUCUCAGCACACCUGAACUGUCGCAGGGAGUUGGACUUGGUGUAAGGGAGGGACCUCUUUGUCUUUGGACCAAAAAAUCCGGAAGACGAUGGUAGUGGAUGUUCACAAGAUAAAGUGGGUUUGGAAAUGCUGCAGGCCAGGCCACGCGCUGGAUCGGACUCUACUGUUCAUUUUUGACAGGAAUUUGUGUCUGUUGUUCACAUCCACUUUUGUUGAAUAAGUUGCCUUAUGGCGGAUAGCGAUUCAGUUGUAGUUUAGACUGCCCAGUCCCUGUGUAAAAGUUCCUGCUUCGAUCUUGUGGCGGAGGUCUCAAUUGCAAAGCCACUUGUUUGGAAGAUGAGGCGGAAGAUUGGAGUUCGCAUAAGGUUGAAGAGUAUUCCCUUGGGUCACUUGUACUGCUGCAUCUACAUGCUCAGUGCACUUGUUACUACAGCUGCCUCUGUGGAUACCUUGAACUUGAGCAUUUAUCCCAGCAGGAGGCUCAGUAAUGGCACUCUCUAUGUAACUAGAGGAUCCACUGUUGAAUUCAACUGCACUAGCCUUUCGGGUUUCGUGGAGAUAUCCUGGCUUUUCCUGAAUUCUGGCCUGAAUUUCACAAAACCUUCAAGUAAUGGGACAUUCGUCGACUUUUCCAUUUUGAAUAUUAAUUCUGAAUUCCAAGGGAACUAUACAUGCUUUGCAAGAAAUUUAACUGAUGGCACUGUUCAGCAAUCAACUCUGGAAAUGUUGGUAUAUUAUGCUCCAAGCAUAUUACCACAGUGCCAAGCUGACUCAGCAGACAGCUUGGCCUUGGUUCUUUUCUGCUCCUGGACUGGAGGAUACCCAAAACCUACCCUUUACUGGAGGGAUGAUGAAACAGACUCGGAAAUACUACAGUCCUUCAUUGAUGCCAACAAGACAGAUGAUGUCUUUGAAGUCACUGUGAAUGCCACUCAGCUGCCCAUUGGAAAAAAGUUUAAAUGUGUUGGGGCUCAUCCCGCAAGUCGACAGAAAAUGGAACAGUCUUGUGUCGUAAGUUUAAGUGCACCACUACCUACCACUACACCUAUUGUGACCUGCUUCCUGAACAGCAACAUCACUCUGACCUGCAAAGAGACAAGCGCUUAUCCAAAUUCAAGAAUCAGCUGGCUCAAAUCUAAGAAUGAGACUGUUAUUACUCCAAGCAGCAAAUAUAUAAUCUCUCAGACUAGAGGAGAGUCUAAUCUAACUAUCACAAACUGCUCCCAAGAGACAGAUGCUGACAUCUAUUUUUGCAAGUCUGCCAACAUUGUAGGCUUUAAGGAAGCAGAGUUAUUGCUGUAUGUGACAAGUUCCAGAAAUAUCGCUGUGUUAGCUGGGGCUAUAGUAGUGCUUAUGCUACUAGGUGCUCUAGCUGUCAUUGGAAUUAUACUUUACUACAAUCGACAUACUUUCUUCAAAGGGAACACACUUGGGAACCAGGCGAAUCAAGAUGUUUUAAACCUGGUCGACUCUGACUGGGAGGAUGAGGAAGCUACUGUUAGUAGCAUGGCUGAAAUAACCUCGGCAGUUAAUGGGCAUGCAGCACCACUCAGAAGCUCUCCAUUACCUCAGAAUGGUUGUGCGGAAAUGUCUAUCCCUAACGCAUCAGAAAUGCCAAAAGAAGACAGCAGCUACUAUGGAAACUCCCAUUAAUCCAUUGCUUUGUUAAAUAAUUAAGGAUAUGUUGGAAAGAGUGGUACCCUAGCUGUGCUUGGAGGGCAGAGCAUAACAUGGGGUUAUCAUUAUUGACUAUACGUUUCUGAGACUGUAAUUUGAAAACUAAAAUAUGCUUCCCUCUUGAAGAAAGCAUCUCAGGAUUAUUACGUUGUUACAUUUUAAUCAGUGGUUUCUGUUGUGCUAACAUCAUCAUGUAUAUUUUAACAAAUAUUUGGAUAGCAUUUUGAGGACUUCUCAGGGAUGGACAUUGUAUAUAAUGCCAUUCUUGACUGAACAUUACACUUUUUAAUCAAUAUUAUCUGAAGUUUCAAACAGUCAAGUAACUGUCUUCCAAGACCUGCAUAUAGUAAAGCAGCACAAGUUAGUCAUGUUACAGUAAUUCCAGAAGUGACCCAUUUUGUUUUCCCUUUGUUAUAUGAAGUUUAACAAAACUUCAUAUAACAAAUUGUACAAAGACUCUGCACUGCUCAAAUCUGUGAUUCUUACUACAAAUGGAGAGAUAUACAUUAGAAAGUUUGUACAGUGAUAUACCUUGUAUUACUGAACUGUGCAACAUGAUAUGUUAUAUUGUACAGUACAUUUGAAAAGAGUUGACAUUUUAGGAAUGCUGGUAACUUUUACUAUUAGUUUGUUCUUUUUAAUGCAUUUAGCUGUAAAUAAAUAUUACAUGUAAUUGA